AUGAGGUCACUGAACCCAACCACCCCAUCAUCGCAAGCGACUAUCACGACGUUGAGCAACCAACAACUGCCCAUUAUCGAUCGCAAAUACUCCAAAAUGGCUCCCAGACGCAAAGCAUCCGCCCCCGCUGCCAAGUCGCAGCAGUCGACUCUCGCAUUCCACGGCACGACAAACAGGGUCACAAAGGCUGGCGUCAAAUCGCAAGGCGCAAAGAAGAACAUACUCGAGGCGAAGCUGAAAGACAUCAAGCCAGAGGUUGCCGACAUCUCAAAUACUGAGCCGACAACAACGGAAGCUGCGAUCAUCGAGCAAACAGAACAGGAGGUCAAGGCGCAAGAGGUGGAGAGCACACCAGACGAGGACAGAGCACGGCGCAUAUCAGAUGCAGCGAUCAAGAAGUACUGGACCACAAAGGAGAAGCAAAGGCUUGCACCGCGGACGCACCAGGGAGGUCUGAGCCUGCACGACAAGAUACUGAGGGAGUUUGACAUGAGCGCGCAUUAUGGCGUAAGUUCCGAGUCCCCGCCCAUCUAUGAUAUGAAGUCCUCGACGUUGUAA